GUUAACAGAGGAGAGAGCUCAGCAACUGGAAAGAAAAAGAGAAGGAGAAAGAGAGAAUUAUUCUCAUGACUUUCUGUCUUUCAGUAUGAAACCCCCAGUUUUUUUCUCGAAGAGAGGUUUCUCUGAUUUGGAGUUUUAACUGGACUUUCUGCUUUCUCUGUGUUGUUAUCUGUGGACACUCUCCGGACAUUCCUUUGGGAUUUACUCGCACCGCACCACGAGGAUAUAGUGUGUUUGUGUUUGCUGGGCCAUGCCCGCCACUGGUAGCCGGUCAUCCAGUGCCAGGGGUACAUCAUUAAAAGGGGGCCACCACCACAGGGGCUGUGCCUGCCAACACUUAUUCCGUAAAGUCCUGAUCAAGUGUGGCUGCUGCUAUGCCCGGGUCAGAGAUUCAUACUCAGCGGCAGGCAGCGAGGGUAGCAUCUCCACCUCCGUGGCGUCCCUGCCUCCGACCCUGACGGUGUCCUGUAGCUCCGCACCCAGCUCUCCAGGCUCGCGACGUUCCGUAAGCACCUUGAAGAAGUGGCUGACCAAUCCAGUCCGCAAGCUCAGCGCUGGGGCCGUCAACAUCUCAGCCAGCUCCAAGGGGGAGCGUCAGGUCAGGAAGUUGGAUGGGGGAAGCAAAUCCCCUCCUCCUAUUCCCCCCUCUAGGCACAGUCAUGACCUGGGCCUGGGAGGGCUGGGGCUUGGCAGACCCCUAGGAUCAGAGUACCACCUCACCACCAUACUACCCAUCACACACAACGAGAUGGAGUGCAGGUAUAGGUUGGCCAGUCCUGAGGAGCUUUCCUCAGCAACCCUAAACUCUCCCAGCUACCUGGCUGACUCACUACAGGGCUGUACUGCACUUGACAACACACAGGAUAUUCAGUCCACCAAUGUCUGUCCAGAUGACAACGUCUCAGUAUUGAUGGAAAACACCCCCAGCCAAUCAUCAGCGGCGGCUGACAGUGAGGAGGAGAGGAGGAGUGCCUUAGAGAAGAGCAUGUACGUACUAAAGGAACUCCUAGAGACAGAGAAACUGUAUGUGGAGGACCUGGGGCGCAUAGUAGAGGGCUACAUGGUUACUAUGACUACUAAAGGUAUACCAGACGACAUGAAGGGAAAAGACAAGAUCGUGUUCGGAAAUAUUCAUCAAAUUUUCGACUGGCAUAAAGACUACUUCAUGGGCGAGCUGGAGAAAUGUAUAGCAGAACCAGAGAGACUGGCCCAACUUUUCAUAAAGCAUGAGAGGCGUCUCCACAUGUACGUGGUUUAUUGUCAGAAUAAACCCAAGUCGGAACACAUUGUCUCUGAGUACAUCGAGACCUACUUCCAGGAGCUGAGACAACAUCUGGGUCACAGACUACAACUCAACGACCUGCUGAUCAAACCAGUCCAGAGGAUCAUGAAGUACCAGCUGCUGCUCAAGGACUUCCUCAAGUAUUACACCAAAGCUGGGAUGGACACAGAAGAGCUGGAGAAAGCGGUAGAGGUGAUGUGCUUUGUGCCCAAACGCUGCAAUGACAUGAUGAAUGUGGGACGCCUGCAGGGCUUUGAGGGUAAGAUCACAGCGCAGGGGAAGCUGCUCCAGCAGGACACCUUCACAGUGGUGGAACAGGACAGCAGCUUUCUGUCCCGAGCCAAGGAGAGGCGGGUCUUCCUGUUCGAACAGCUGGUCAUCUUCAGCGAGCCAAUCGACAGGAAGAAAGGGUUCUCACUUCCUGGUUACACCUUCAAGAGCAGCAUCAAGGUGAGCUGUCUGGGGGUGGAGGUUCCAGUGGAGGCGGACUCCCUGGUGCUGACGUCACGGGGAACUGACGGGAGUGUGGUACGCUAUGUGCUGCAGACCACCUCCCCAGAGGUCUGCAGGGUCUGGGUCGAUGAUGUGGGACAGCUCCUGGAGACCCAGAAGAACUUCCUCAAUGCCCUCCAGUCUCCCAUUGAGUACCAGCGGAGGGAGAGUAACAGCAAGUCCAACAGCCUGGGCCGGAGCAUGAGAGCCCCCCUGUCUGCGACCAGCGGCCCCCUGCGCCCCCACUCUUCAGCCUCCAUCGACCGCCAGCGCCUGCCCUGCCUCCUGUCGUACAACACCUCCCUCCCCAUCCUCUACCUGCCCAGCCAGGGGGGAACCUGCCCCCAGGGACCUGGCGAAACAAGCACACCCCAGGAGUCUCCUCUGGUCAGUAGGAACUCCCAGACAACAGCCUCUCAGUCUCACAUCCAGCUAGCCUUCACCGACCAGUCUGGCCUGUCUCACUACUCCAGGACACAAACCCCCCUGCAGUGCCAAGCUGUGUCCAACGGGCUGUAUAGCACACAGAGAGCAGGAGAGGGCUGCCGUAGCAGAGUGCUGCCUGGUGAGGCUGGACCUCCUCCUGUAUCCAUCCCUGGUCCCUCGGCUGGCCGGCGCUCCAGCAACCUGGCCCAGCUCAAUGAAGAUGACCUAUGAACCGUGACGGAUGGGAGGAAAACUGGAAGGUCAUGGACCUCCACAGCUAGCGCAGAGAGAAGCAGGAUGACCUCAUCUAGGCCUAACGUCUGUUGAUGCUAUUUUAACUUUAGGGACCUUUUAAAGAUGGAUGGAUGAAUCUCUUUAUGGAGCAAGGACUGGAUGGAGGCUGCUUUUUCAGACUGUUACAGGAGGGUUCACUGACAUCAUGAGAAAAAUAUCCCAGUAUUCUAAUGGAAUAUACAGUAUGGGCAGAAAUUAUAAACAGUCAUUAGAUCAUUUUUUUUGCGAUGUGAUGCAAGGUUGAAGACAUGUGUAGCACCCAGCCAGAUGAUGCGAUGGCUGACUGUAUGGAGAAAACUCUAUGGACAUCAGGUAUUAUGGUGACUGAUGACUUUGCUUGUUUUAUUGUUAGGAGAAUCUCUAUACAGUAUCUAUUGUACUGUCUAUCUACAGGCCGGGGGAUUUAUUCACAGGAAAAUAAAAUGCCAUGGGGGGGGUUAUUGGAGAACUGUGUACAUACUCCAUGUCUGUAAAAUGCGUGUGUGUGUGUGUACAGGAUAGGCGGUUGCUCUUCUUGUGCCAACAUGCAGAUAAAAGGACUCCACCCUGAAGAGAACAUGACUGUCGAUCAGAACAGGACUGUCGAUCAGAACAGGACUGUCGAUCAGAACAGGACUGUCGAUCAGAACAGGACUGUCGAUCAGAACGGCUCUUUCUCUCAGCUCUCUCACACUGCUGGAUUCUUCUAUCCCUCCGAUUAAAAGACAACUAUUUGUAUUUUCAGGCCAUUGUCGAAACAUGUCAUCAUUCGUCCACUAAACGGGGCCUACAGUACACUAUGUUGCUGUAGUAGACAAUGAGGAGAGAGGGGAUGCCAGCUAGAUUAAUACAUUUGAUUUGUACAUAUGUAGAAGUUUGGAUUCAUCUGUUAUAGAAAAUAGCUUUUCUGCUCCUGCCGCAGUGUUUCAAAAAGACGAGAAUGAGAGAACUCCCAUGUUCUCUUUCUCUGUUUGACCAAAUCUGGCUCUUGUUUGAUCUGAAUAUUCAAUAAUAUAAAGGGGUGAGGGAGCCCCCUCUUGUUUGAUCUGAAUAUUCAAUAAUAUAAAGGGGUGAGGGAGCCCCCUGGAGGCACUCUGCAGGCGUGGCAUCACUCAGACUCAGUCUUUCCUCAGAUUCAGAUACAGAUGGAUUCGUUGGUAAGUUCUCAAUUACAUACUCCUCACAUCCUCUCUCCUCGUCUCCUUCUCAAAACCCAUUGGAGGAAAUGGUCAGAGGGAAGGUACCUCUGGCUUUCUCAUUCAAUUAGUUUUGAGAAGGAGAAGAAGAGAGAGGACGCAAGGAGUAUGUAAUUGAGGUCUUCCCCUUGUGUCCUUUGCUCCCAUCCUUUCGCUAAACGUCAGAGAGAAAGGAGAGGAUUAUAAGAGAUGGGGAGAGGAUGGGAGGAGAGGAAGGAAUCGAGCCAGGACUAUGAAGAUGUGGCCAGAGAAAUGACUAUGCCAAUGCUUGGGGAUAGAGACCAACUGAUUUUUCAAAUUUAUAUUUUCUUGACGUCCUCUAGGUACGUCCUAGGAAACAUUAAUGGGUUGUGUUAAAAUAUGAAAUAAGAUGUCACACAGUCGUCUGUCAGUUAAGUCCAAUGUUAAUGUGCCACAGCUUUCUGCUGUAUUUAUUCAUCUCGGCUGGCUUUUGCUACUGCACACUACUACACACCAUACUGUUGGCUCGGGCUUACAUUUCUGCUUCUAGAUAAAGGAAGACAGUGUAGAGAGCCUGCUAACUACUUGGGUUAUUGUGUCAGUCGACAUUAUGGAUAAAAAGUUCUGCAUCCUCUGUCCACAUCAAAAUGAGAUGUGUGGCAAAACGGACGUUUUUGAGACGUCAAAUAAUUCAGUUCGUAUUGCCACUACAAUAUUAUUACCAACUGUUGUGUUUAACACAUCAAAUAAAAGUAGUUGUGAUGUUGUGUAUUUCGACGCCCAACCUUUCCUCUUAUUAAUCAAAGCAAAUGACUGUAAACAGAGACGAUAAGAGGAGAGUCUGACAUCUAGCAUGUCCGCUAUAGGUGAAUUCCUCUCUAUGGCCAGUACAGGUCAAUAUAAGGCUUCCGGAUCCAGAUAGCAGUCUAAUAAGACCUCUGCACCAAAGACCAAUGGCUUCGAGUUCCAAUGGCACCUCUAGCUAUAUCUAUUUCAAAUAUCAGCACCGAGGAGAGCCCUACCAUGACUGUUUCAAGUCACAACACACAACACAGAACACAAACCCAGAGUACUAAAUGACCACGGGGUGCCGUUUGUAAAGUUAAACAGUGAAGAGUGUCAUAUUUCAGUGGCAAUUAUUGAUCUAGCAUUUCGUGCAUGUGACUUAAAUAUGAAGGAAUACCACUCCUGAAAUGAAUAUAGACUAAAGAGCGGAAAUAUGGGUUUUUAAGAUGACAUAUUUGACGGAAUAGAAUCUGUUGUAUUAUAUUAAAUAAAGUGAACUUUUAAAUUAAGAA